AUGGCGCCCGCACGCCAACCGCCCCAGCCCUUCUCAAAGGAGGAGAAGGUUCUCUGUUUCCAUGGUGAGAUGCUGUACGAGGCCAAGAUUCUCGACAUCCAGCCUGCCGAGAGUGGCGAAGGCUUUCAGUAUCGUAUCCAUUAUAAGGGUUGGAAGAACACCUGGGACGACUGGGUUUCUAUCGAUCGCAUCCGCAAGUUCACAGAGGAAAAUAAGGAGCUUGCCAGCCAGCUGCACGCCCAAAUGAAGGACCUGCGCCAAAAGAGCAGUGCCAAAGCCCCCAAGAAGGGUAUUCGCGUCAAUGGGACCGACUCAGCUCGUGGUAGUGAGGAACGAACGGCAGGUGUCGUUGCCACUGGCCGUGGCCCUCGACGGGCGAGAGAUUUUGACCUUGAGCAGGAGACAGACAAGAUGAACUCUCAAUCUUGGGAAGAAUUCGCGCGGGUCCAGGAUUGGGUUCUCUCGCAGCAGGCUGCGCCAUACUCUGAAAACCAACCCAAUUACUACUCUUCGUCGCAUUCCGGCUAUGCGCUUCGCCCAGACUACUCCGGCCGACCGGCCCAUGCCUUGGAGAGUUAUGGACAGCCCUAUGACGCUCUAGAGAGUCGUGGCAUAUUCGAGCACCACGGCGGCGAUAACCACGACAAUUGGCUUCUGAACCAACCUGUUUCUCGCGCGGAGGAUGUUAAUGAGCACGGAAUUCGACACGAAGUCGCACCUCAAGACGACGACAACGAGGUUUUGACCAAAUUUGCUAGUGAUUUGGACUUCGAAGACGAUGAAAGACCGGCUCCGGCUUCUAAAUGUAACGACUCUGAGGAGCCGAUAUCCGACGACGACGACGACGAGAAGGUCAAUCGGCGACGCAAAAGAGUUCAGAUGGAGUCAGAUGAAGAGGAAGAUGCGGCAUUCCCCAGGCAACACAAACGGCGCCGAAUGUAUUCGGAUGAGGACGAGGACGAGGACUGUGAACAUGAGGAGUUCUUGAUUCCGAACCAAUACGACUCCGAUGAGGAAGAUCAGGAGAUCACCCCACUAUCCAAAAGGCGUCGGGUGCACUCGGACGAGGACGAUGACGAGGAAGAUAACGAGGACGAUGACGAGGAAUAUGAUGACGAAGAUGAGGUGCGCAUGAUUCUGAGGCAGUGCGACUCCGAUGAGGAAGAGGAGGAGAUCUACCCACUACCCAAAAUAUGUCAGAAGCAUGUGUCCGAGGACGAGGACGAGGACGAUAACGAGGAAGAAGAGUUGCGCAUGAUUCUGAGGCAGUGCGACUCCGAUGAGGAAGAUGAGGAAGAGCUCUAUCGGCAACCCAAAAGUUUUCGCAGAUACGAUGAAGGUCAGGCAGAUGAUGAAGAUCAAGCAAACGACCAAGCCUCAGAGUCCCACGACGGUGUGGACUACGCCGCCAUGGUCGACCCUAGAUGCUACGACAUAUCGCUUCCAAGAGCGGGCCCUCCCCCCAAUCUCGAGAACAUCGAGGCACGGCACAACGCAUUUCUACCGCAGUGGAACGUCGUCGACUGGCAUCCGCCGGCUAGAAAUCUUGAGUCGCCUCCCAACCCACACAUCAAUAAGGCUGUCGACAUCAUAAGCAUCUCUAGCGAUGACAGCGACGACGCCGCUACCAGUACUGCCAGUGACUCCAGUUUAGAGAUCCUCGGGGAGCGGCCUGCGAAAGCCUGCAUCGACAACAACCAACACCUACGAAACGUCGAAGAUGGCGAGUUGGAAGAUUCCAAUUCCAAGGAUUUGGUCAAUGGGCUUCCGCAAAAACACGGCUGCGCAGGGUUUAAUAAGAGAAAGCGUGAAAGCAGCGUCGAGAUCCUCUUCGAAUUCCGCCGUAAUAUUCGACCCAAGCAGCAGCAGCAGCGGUAG